CUCCCUCUAUUUUUUCCUUUCCACCUUCUUUUUCUCUUGUCUCACACUUUCCCUCUCAUUUCCUCUCCAAUCCCAUGACCUCCUUCUCUCCCGUGACUUCUUCUUGCUCUUCUUCUAUCAUCUCUUUAACCCUUCAAUCUUACCAUUUCUCAUGACUCUCUUCACUCUGCGCAACUCCUUAUCUCCACCACCGCCCUUCAGUUUUAGCCACAACAACAACCAACCUUCAUCAUCAUCAUCAUCAUCAUGCGCUCUCCACACCCACUUCGCAACGGCGACACUCCCUCUCCUCUCCCUCGAAUUUCUCACUUUCAGUCCACUUUGUCCGUACAGAAACUCAGACGAUUCAACUCACUGAUUCUCGUCUUCCGACUUGCAACCUUUUGUUUCACACUUGCUGCUUCCGUUUUCAUGCUCACUAACUCUCGUGGAUCCGAAUUGCCUCGUUGGUUUGAUUUUGAUGCUUUCAGAGUUGUUUUUGCUGCAAAUGCAAUAGUAGCCAUUUACUCUCUCUUCGAAAUGGGCGUCUCGGUUUGGGAAAUUUCUAAAGGGACAACAUUCUUCCCCGAAAUUUUUCAAGUCUGGUUCGAUUUCGGUCAUGAUCAGGUAUUCGCAUACCUGUUACUGUCGGCGGACUCGGCGGGGACGGAGCUGGCCAGGACAUUGAAAGACAAGGACACGUGUACGGCGUCAAAUGCGUUUUGUGUGCAGUCCGAUAUUUCAGUGGCCUUGGGAUUUGCUGGGUUUCUGUUUCUGGGGUUUUCGUCUUUGCUGUCGGGGUUUCGGGUAGUCUGUUUUUUAAUCAACGGCUCUCGUUUCCAUCUUUAGUGAGUGAGGGAAGAGAGGGAAUGUUUGUGAUGUGUGAAGGUGUUGGCUACUUACUGUGUACCUUAGGUGAUUUGGACUGAUCUGAUUAUGUGUUGUGUGAUUGAGCUCAACCGACUGUGUACAUUGAGAGAGUGCAUUCUUUUUCUGUAAUUGCUAACUUAAUUUAAUUAGUUGUUAUAAUAUCAUUUUUAAUUAGA